AAAGGAGAGGGAGAGAAGGGAGAUUGAGAGGGAAAAGGCUACUAGGGAGGCACGUGAGAGAGCAGCCGUUGAGGCACGUGACAGAGCAGCUAUGGAGGCUCGCCAGAAAGCUGAAAGGGCUGCUAUCGAGAAAGCGAAUGCGGAAGCUCGAGAGGGUGCGGAAAGGGUAGCAGUGCUAAGAGCACAAGCUAAAGCCUGUGAAAGAGCAGCUGCAGAUGCAAGGGAAAGAGCUGAGAAGGCUGCUGCAGAAGCAAGGGAUAGGGAAGCACGGGGAAGAGCUACUGAAGCACGGAUGAAAGCAGAAUGGGCUGCUGUGGAGAGAGCUGCUGUAGAGGCUCGAGAAAGGGCUGCUGCAUAGGCUCGAACGACUUGAAUAA